UCUUUCAAGUAGAGGGGAAAACAAAAUUUAAAUCAUUUUUGUUUGACUAGAAACGUUUACGAAUCAUCAAAAUGUUGAGGAAUUUCGUAAUUCUUGUGGCUUUGUUCUCAACAAUUUACUGUUAUAAAACCUAUGAUGGAUACAAGAUUCUACGGGUGAACAUAAACUCUGCUGAUGACCACCAGAACAUCCUAUCUCUUGAAUCAGAAGAUGUGCAAGAGAUAUUCUCUGAAGGUAGAUCUGGACACUCGGACGUUCUGAUAUCUUUUCAGAAUUUUCCAAGAUGCCAAACAUAUUUCCAGUCACAUGAGUUAACAUAUUCUCUGGUAUCGGAAGAUGUUGGGGCAGAAAUAAGGAAGGAACGACAAGGACUUCUACUGGCACCGCAGAUUGCACAGGGAGAAUUCUCUUACGACACCUACCAUCGACUCAACAUUAUUUACGAGCAUCUUGACGCCUUGGCAGUAACUCACAGCUCCAAUGCCGAGACCUUUAACCUACCCGGCGAGACGUUCGAGGGAAGAAAGAUUCAAGCAAUCCGGAUCACAACAAACGUCACUUCAGAGGCAUCUAAAGAUAAGCCCUUAAUCUGGUUGGAUGGAGGAAUACAUGCCAGAGAGUGGGUAUCACCAGCCACUGUCAUGUACAUCAUCGACUCUCUGCUCGGAGAACAUGAAAAGGACAAAUCAACACAGAUGACAGCCCUUCUGGACGAAUUCCAGUUUAUCAUCGCCCCUUCCAUCAACCCUGAUGGUUACGAACACUCCCACGUUAAAGAUAGGCUCUGGAGAAAGACUCGAAAGCCAUCUGGAUGUAAAAAGAACAAAUACAACUGGUUCGGGGGCUGUUUCUACAAGAGAUGCUAUGGAGUGGACCCCAACAGAAAUUGGAGUACUGACUGGGGUAGAGCAGGAGUUAGCACAGAUCCCUGCAGUGAAGUCUAUCCUGGAAAGGAAGCCUUCGACCAGGAAAACACAAGGAUUGUAAGUGAUUUCCUGACCCCACACAAGGACAAGUUGAAGCUCUAUGUCACCUAUCACAGUUACUCUCAACUGUUCCUCACACCGCUCGGAUACACGACAGCAGAACCUGCUAACUACCAGCACCACCUGAAAGUUGGGGCAUGUGGUGACGCCAUCGCGCAGCGCCACGGUGCUAAGUACAUAAACCAGCGCAGUGCUGCGCUCUACCCGGCUAGUGGGGACAGUGCUGAUUGGGCCCAUGAUGUGCUGGGUCUUACUGAUUCCUACACUUUUGAGUUGAGACCCGACGAGAACUCCUGGAAAGUCGGAUUCGAGCUUCCUGAGGAGCAGAUUCUACCGACGGGAGAGGAGAACGUGGACGGUUUGCUAGCUCUGAUAGCCAAUAUAGAGUACAACAACGAUGUUUAGUACAGUACACUGUAGAGGCAAAUUUUUUGAAGAUUCAGCUUCGCAUGUGAUUCUUUUCUAACGGAAAAAAGU